UCCAAUUGUCAAGCCAUUGAGCUUCUUGACAAUUGACAAAAACCUUUCCUAUAAGAAAGUCAUCUUCUCUUAUCUACUUCUUGGCCAUCUCUUCAUCUGAACAACAAUCAUAGCAACGUCAUUCCUUUGCUUGAAGAGCUAUUUCUGAAGUUUUGCUGAAACUAUCAAGCUUUUUUUUAGUGGAGGGAGAGUGAUAGGAGAAAGGCAGCAUGGAAGAAGGCUUGCUUUCUGGAAGAAGCAGAGAUGAAGUCACAAGUAGGAGCUGCUCUGCAACACUUAUGGUCGUUUUUAGUACUGCAGUUGCUGCCUGUGGCUCCUUAGCCUAUGGAUUUGCAGUUGGGUAUUCUUCUCCAGCCGAAUCAGGAAUUAUGCAUGACCUCGACUUAUCUAUUGCAGAAUACUCUGUUUUUGGUUCAAUCUUGACUUUUGCUGGAAUGGUGGGUGCCCUAAUCAGUGGCAAAUUAUCAGAUUUUUUUGGCCGAAGAGUUACAAUGUGGAUUUUGGAGAUGUUUUUCAUUGUCGGGUGGAUUUUAAUAAUGGUUGGAAAGAAUGCUUGGUGGCUUGAUGCUGGAAGAUUUUUAAUGGGAAUCGGAGCUGGACUUCAUUGUUAUGUGGCACCAGUCUAUAUAGCAGAGAUUACUCCAAAGAACAUUCGAGGUGCAUUUACAGCCGUUGCUACGUUCACAGUAACUUGUGGCUUUUCAAUAAUGUUUUUCAUUGGGAAUUUCUUGACUUGGCGUUCAUUGGCUAUAUUUGGAGUGAUGCCUAGUUUGGUCCAUAUAUUAGGCGUAUUCUUCAUACCUGAGUCCCCUAGAUGGCUGGCAAAGAUUGGCAAAGAAAAAGCUGUAGAACUAGCUUUACGGCGUUUGAGGGGAAAAGGUGCUGAUAUCUUUUCAGAAGCUGCUGAAAUUAAAGACUAUACAGAAACAGCCCAGCUACUCCCUAAAUCAAGAUUUCUUGACUUGUUUGACAGAAAAUAUGCUCAUCCACUUAUAGUUGGUGUGGGGUUGAUGGUUCUGGUACAAUUUGGAGGGACAGAUGGAGUUUCAUCUUAUGCCAGUUCAAUUUUUGAGGCAGCUGGUUGCUCUGCUGGCAUAGCAUCUACUGUAAUGGCAACAAUCCAGCUUCCUUUUGCUUCUCUGAGCGUACUUUUAAUGGACAAAGCUGGACGGCGUCCAAUUCUGAUGUUUACUGCUGUUGGAUCAUGCAUAGGAUGCUUUCUCGUAGGACUUGGGUUCUUCUUUCAGGAUCACAAUUUAUUUAAGGAGUUCUCUGCACCUUUAGCACUGACAGGAUUGCUGAUAUACUCCGCAUCGUUUUCAGCUGGAAUGGGCGGUACACCAUGGGUAAUCAUGUCAGAGAUCUUUCCCAUAAACAUCAAAGGUACAGGUGGAAGCCUUGUGACCUUAGGCAACUGGUUUAGUUCUUGGAUCGUUACCUACGCUUUCAACUAUCUAUUUGAGUGGAGCUCAUCAGGAGUAUUCUUUGUAUUUUCAAUCGUUUGUGCCUUAAUCAUUCUAUUUACUGCAUUAUUGGUGCCUGAGACGAAGGGACGAACCUUAGAAGAAAUUCAAGAAUCUAUGGCGCUACUCAAUGCAAACGAGACACAAAAGGAAAAGAAAAGCAUUAGAUGUGGAUCUUCGAUGAAGGCACCAAACACAGUUGAUUUUGAUGAAGAGGCCACUUCCCCUUUACUUGAAAGUGGAAGUUGUGACACUGAAAAUAAUGUAGAUGCUGAGAAUGAAAAGAGUAAUACUCCUGCAAAUGCUCUCACACCUGUGGUCAUAUUCAGCACUUCUGUUUCUGUCUUGGGCUCCUAUGUCUUUGGAACUGCGGUCGGAUUUUCAUCUCCUGCUCAAUCUGUAAUUAUGAAUGAUCUAGGCCUUUCCAUAGCUGAGUACUCCUUGUUCAGUUCAAUACUAACAAUUGGAGCAAUGUUCGGUGCAAUACUGAGUGGCAAGAUAGCAGAUGCCAUUGGGAGGAAAUAUACGAUGUGGUUCUCAGAACUGUUUUGCACUGCAGGAUAUCUCGUACUUUUAACUUCAGAGAGUGCUUUGUGGCUUGAUGUUGGAAGGAUUUCAACAGGAUUUGGAAUUGGGAUUUUAUCAUAUGUGGUACCAGUAUAUAUCGCAGAAAUAACGCCUAAAAAUCAUAGAGGAGCAUUUACAAUUCUCAAUCAGGUUAUGAUAUGCUGCGGCCAUUCAACAAUGCUUGUAAUUGGAAAUUUCGUAUCCUGGAGAAUGUUGGCUUUGAUUGGAAGCAUUCCAUGUCUUCUACAGCUGCUAGGCCUUUUCUUCAUUCCAGAGUCUCCAAGGUGGCUGGCUAAGAUUGAUAGGUGGAAAGAAUGUGAAAUGUCUCUGCAGCGCCUUAGAGGAGCUAAUGCUGAUAUUUCAGGAGAAGCCAUUGACAUUAGAGUCUAUACAGAAACCCUGCAACAAUUCUCGGACUGUAAACUGACUGACUUGUUCAACAGAAAAUAUGCUCACGCAAUGAUUGUCGGGCUAGGACUGAUGGCAUUUCAACAGGCUGGAGGGGUCAAUACCAUUGCAUAUUAUGCAAGUUCAAUUUUUGAGUCAGCUGGUUGUUCGGGUGCCACGGGGACUAUGGCGUUGGCUUCAGUUCAGUUUCCAAUGACCAUUUUGGGGAGUUUGCUAGUGGAUAAAUCAGGAAGGAUACCGCUCCUCAUGGUUUCUGCAGCUGGAUCAUGCUUUGGUUGGCUUCUAGUGGGAUUGUCAUUCCUAUUGCAGGACCUUCAACUCUGGAAGGCCAGCCCAAUUUUGGCAUUAAUUGGUGCACUGAUAUUUGUAGGAUCCUUCUCACUGGGAAUGGGAGGAAUUCCUUGGGUGAUAAUGUCAGAGGUCUUUCCCAUACAUGUCAAGGGUCUAGCUGGAAGCCUGGUGACAGGAGUGAACUGGCUUGGUUCUUGGUUGAUUUCCUAUUCCUUCAAUUUCCUUGUUCAAUGGAUUACCUCAGAAGGGACAUUUUUUAUGUAUUCCAUCAUUUCAGGUUUAACUCUGAUAUUUGUUAAGAAGCUUGUUCCAGAGACCAAAGGGCGUACGCUGGAAGAAAUUCAGGCAUCCUUGGUUUUGUUUACAAGCAAGAAUUGA